AUGAGUCAGUUCAUGAUUAGAUAUCAAAUUAUAAACCUUUCAAAGGUUUUCAAUUCACCAAAAUCAUUAAAUUUUAUUAAAAGAUAUACAACAUCAACAGCAUCAACAACAACAACAACAACAAAUGAUGAUUCAAAUUGGAUAUCAACACCAAAUAUUACAGUAUGUGGUAUUGGUGGUGGUGGUUGUAAUAGUGUUAAUAAUAUGAUUAAUAAAGAAUUAUAUGGAAUUGAUUUUGUAGUUGCCAAUACUGAUGCACAAGCAUUGGCAAUAUCAUGUAGUAGAAAGAUGGUACAAUUAGGAAAGACAUUAACAAGAGGAUUAGGAGCAGGAGCAGUACCAGAAGUUGGAAAGAAAGCAACUGAAGAAUCAAUUGAAGAAUUAAUGAAUCAAAUUGGUGAUACACAAAUGUUAUUUGUCACAGCUGGUAUGGGUGGUGGUACAGGUACAGGUGGAGCAGCAGUUAUUGCAUCAGCAGCAAAAGCCAAAGGUAUUUUAACUGUUGGUAUUGUAACCAAACCAUUUCAUUUCGAAGGUAAACAUAGAAUGAAAUUGGCAGAACAAGGUUUGAUAGAGUUGGAGAAAUCAGUCGAUAGUUUAAUCGUUAUUCCAAAUGAGAAAUUAAUGGAACAAUCACAAGAACUCUAUAUUGGAAAUGCUUUCCAAAUGGUUGAUGAUGUACUUUACAAUAGUAUUCGUGGUAUCUCUGAUAUUUUAGUUAAACCAGGUUUAAUUAAUUUAGAUUUCGCCGAUGUUAGAUCGAUCAUGUGUAAUAGUGGUAAAGCAUUGAUGGGUGUUGGAGAAGGUGAAGGUAAAGGUCGUGAUGCUAUCGCAGCCAAUAUAGCCUUAAAUAAUCCAUUACUCGAGAAUAUUAAUAUCUCUGGUGCAAAAGGUGUCCUUUUAAAUAUUGCUGGUAGUGACUUAAAAUUACAAGAAGUUGAUCAUAUCGUUAGUUUGGUUAGUAGUAAAGUUGAUCCUUCUGCUAAUAUCAUCUUUGGUUCAACUUUUGAUCAACAAUUAGAAGGUAAAAUUAGAGUAACUUUAAUUGUUACCGGUAUGGAUCAAUUAAUACAACAACAACAACAACAACAAAAACAAACUAAAAUAGAAUCUCAAGUAGAACAAAAAUUACAUUCAACAACAAUUGUAGAUCAAGAAUUAAAACCAAUUGAACCACAAAAAUCAAUAAUUAUAGAAGAAGAACAAGAAGAACAACAACAACCAAAACCAAUAAUUCCUGGUAUUUUUGUUGAACAAGAACUAUUAACCACUACCACCACUGCUAAUAUCACACCAUCACAACAAAAACAAGAAUCUUUAACUCAAAAUAAUAUAUUCUCACCACCACAACAACAACAACAACAACCAUCAAUUAAUUUACAACCAAAUUACCAACAAUUAUAUCAACAAUUAUACCAACAACAACAACAACAACUACAACAACAACAACCAAUAAGUUUUUUGAAAAGAUUAUCAAACCUUUUCUUUACAAAUGGUAAUAAUAAUAAACCUUACAAUAAUAAUAAAAAUACUCCUGGUUCAAAUUAUGAAUAA